AAAAGAUGGUAUAUAUUUUGGUUUCCUCUACACCGUUUUAAAAAAUUUCUCACAUAGCGUUUGAGCCAAAUUUUAACAAAAUCUGCCGCCACCUCCCCUGCCGCCCCCACACCACCGCAGCCAGCGGCCGCCAAUUACCAGAAAUUCAAUUAAUUCAGUCGUCGUUUCCCUAUUCUCUAUCAUUUUCAGGUAAAAAGCUCUCGUAUGCAUAAUAUAGUUCCAGUAACUCUUCACUCUCAUUUUUCUAAUUGCUUUACUUCCGUCUUCUCUUUCCCCUUUUCAAUCAUUCUGUUUUUCUUUUGAACAUUUUGUUUUCCGUUAUUGAACUAGAAAGACUGUUUCUUUCCUUUGCUUAGCACUUCUCCCGUGGUGGGAUUUUUGGAUGGCUUCUUAAUUCGUCUCUCGGAGACUUGGGACUCACUGUUUAGUGAACUAAAGUGGAAGGGCCCAAAAGCUUUUUGAUUAAAUUACCAUGAGAAGUGUUUCUACCAUUAGGUCAGCUUCAUCUAGAAAAAUCUUCAGAAAUAGUCAGUUUUUUGGAAUAAAAACUAUCUCCUCCGUAGUUCAGUUUAGUUCACACGAUUCGCACUCAACUUCGGAUGAACAAAUAUCAGAGACUGGAAAGAGUGAAGAUAUUGGUGAUCAGUAUUUGGAGCUAAAUUCGUCUAGGGUCUUAGAGUUUCUCAAGAAGCUGAAAAAAGAACCCAUUUAUGCGGUUAGUUUCUUUGCUCAAUUGAGGGAGCAGAGGUUUAGGCCUGACCUUAGAACUUAUGUGGCCAUGCUUUGGAUUUUCUGUUAUUGUGGUAUGGACAGAAAAUUGCGCUCUGUACUACGCGAGGUGAUUACGUUGAAAAGAGAGGGUUUGGGGUUUGAUGUUUGGGAUGUGUUUGAUGCAUUGGUGGAAGGAGUUAAUGCUGUAGGGUUAAAGUUGUUCUCUCGGGUUCUUGAUGCCAUGAUUAAGGCAUUUGCUAGUGAGUCCAUGUUUGGCGAGGCAACUAAAUUUUUGUACGAGAUUAAAAAGCGUGGUUUUGGUAUCUCUAUAUUUUCAUUGAAUUACCUUAUGAAUCGGUUGAUUGAAUGUGGAGACGCGGAUAGAGCAAUUCUCAUUUAUAAUCAUUUGGAGAAGCUAGGCUUGACUCCAAAUGUUUACACAUAUGGGAUUGUGGUUAAGGCGUUUUGUAGGAAACGAAAUUUCGAAGAAGCCUUGACUGUGUUUAGUAAAUUGGGAAAAGCUCCAAAUAUCUGCACUUUUACUAUUCUUCUUGAAGGGCUUUGUUCACAAGGACUCUCUGUAUCCGGUUAUAACAUAUUACUCGCACGUAGAAGAGAUAAUUUGACUAUUGAUGCAUGUGCAUAUGCCGUGGUCAUCCGCGGCUUUGUUAAGGAAAAGAAACUAAAAGAAGCAGAGCAUCUGUUGCUUGAUAUGAAUGAGGAUGGACCGAUGCCGGAUGAAUGCUGUUACGGUGCCAUAAUUCAAGGUUAUUGUCAGGCUGGAGAUUAUAUCGAAGCUCUGGAUUUGCAUAGUAAAAUGACAUCUAGAAAUAUAAAAACUAAUUGUAAGAUUGCGAGCUUCAUUCUUCAAUGUUUGUGUCAACUAGGCAAGUUUAAAGAGGUAAAAAGCCAGUUUGGACACUUCCAAAAGUCGGGAAUUUACCUUGAUAAAGUUGUCUAUAAUAUUGUAAUUGACGCGUUAUGUAAACUCGGAAAAGUUGAUAUGGCAAUGACAAAGCUAAAUGAAAUGAAGGGUAAGGGGAUUGUUCCCGAUGUUGUAACCUAUACAACCUUGAUUAAUGGAUGUAUUCUGAAUGGGAAACUCUUUGAGGCUGCAGAUUUACUCAAGAAUAUGGAGCAAAAUGAAUUGAAACCAGAUUUGAUAACCUGUGAUGUUCUUGCUGGUGCAUUUUCUAGAAAUGGGGGAUUAGAUGGCGCACUUAAAGUUCUGAAUUUCAUGGGAAGCCAAGGUAUAGAGCCUAGCUACAUAACAUUUAAUGUGAUCAUAAAAAAGCUGUUUGCCAUUGGGAAGGUGAGGGAAUCUGAACGGUUUUUUGACUGCUUGGAGAUAAAAGAUGAAAGAAAUUACUCUGCCAUGAUUGACGGUUAUUGUGAAUCGAACAACACAGAAAAGGCCUGUGAUCUCUUUGUUUGGCUUUUGGGGCUAGGAAUUGCAGUAAAUAGAAGUUCUCGUCUAAAACUUUUAGACACCCUUGUCAUGGAAGGUGAACAUGACAAAGUCGUGAUGAUGUCUGAUGCCCUGCUGUAUUCAGGUGACGGGCCUUCUCAGAAAUUGUUUACUAAAGUCAUUUCUGCUCUCUGUAGCUUUGGAAAGAUGAAGAAGGCUCAUUUGGUGUUUGAUAGUCUUAUCCCUUAUGGUUUCAAUCGAGACGUAAUUAUUUACACAAUAAUGUUGAAUGGGUACUGUAAGGUGAAUCAUUUGAAGGAAGCUUCAGCUCUUUUUAAUGAUAUGAAAGAAAGGGGUAUAGCUCCUGAUAUUACCGCAUACACCGUCUUGCUUGAUGGGUCCUCCAAAAGUAAUAUUGUUUGGCAGAAGAUGUCGGGAAGCAAAGGAGAAAGGAUUAGUACUUCGUCUCUUUUGGCGGACAUGUCAAAAUUGGGUUUAGAAGGUGAUGUUGCUAGCUAUACGGCCUUGAUUGAUAGUCACUGUAAGACAGGCAAUCUGGAGGAGGCUAUUACUCUUUUCAAUGAAAUGAUAGAUCUUCAUCUAGCACCUAAUAUUAAAACUUAUACAGCUCUACUGAACGGCUACAGUAAGAGCAGACAUGUUAAGAAAGAUGUAACAAUUAAUGGGUUGACUUUUAAGAGAAAAGUACGAAAUGACAAGACCACUUAUACCUUACAUCACCAAGGAAUCUUAACGGCCAAGAUAGAGCAGUUCCGGACAUAAAAAGAUGAGUGGAUUUCUUCACAGACUGGAAGAAGUGCUAUUAUAGACUGCUGCAUUCGGCUUGCAAAAAAUGGGAGACAGAGACAUGAUAGGAGAGUAAGCUCCUAAUUUAUAUUGGUAAUCCCCCUAAAGUUAUGUUUCUUUCUUCUUUUAUUUAUUUAUUUUUUUUCCCCGUUGCUAUAACUGGAUCAAUUUUGCGCUGAAGUGUUCUUCGUUUUCACCUUAUACAUUACUUCCAAGCAUAAUGAUCAGCUGAAGGUGUGUCAACUUUGAUAUAUCUUAGGACUCAAAUGUUUGAAUGUUACUUUGUUCUGUUCUGUGUUUCACUUUUAGUUGGGAGAGCUGUUCAGAAGAAGCAGCAAAUCGGAUCGAACCUGAGCAAUAAGUUGCACUAAACCUUAAGGAUAUACAGCUAUAAUUGGACAGCCCUUCAGGUAACUGUGAAAUCACUAUAAUGGUGCAGUAAAUUAGGAAUAGAUUUAAUGAAAUAUUAAUUAGAGAUUUUGAAUUUGUUUUCUUGGCUGAUUACACUGCUAUAGUUUAGGGAUAUGGGAAUAGCCUUUCUAUAUAUAUAUCUUGUAGGAUCUCUAUAUAGCUAGAGCUAUUGUACAGAGUUUCAAUAUACAAAAAUACAGAAAAUACUUCUCUCUUUAGUAACUUAAGAGUAUUUAUAAUCCUUAGAAAAGAUCUUUUCUUUUUUAAUCAUUAAUUUCACAGUUGUUUCUGUUAACUAUAUUUUUCUUGGUUAUAUUCAUGAACCAUGACUCUGUGGUAUUAGAUCAGUUUUGUCUUAAUUAUUGUGGCGAUGAUUGGACUAAAAUUUAUUUUUCUUGACAUUCUGGUUCUGACUGAAGCUGGACACUGCUUGUUUUAGGAUGUGAUGUUGUGUAUGAAGAAGUAUAUGUUUGUCUCUUUCUCUGUGGGGAAUUUGUCUAACUCUGUGUGGGAUGUUUGUGAGGGCGAGGCGCAAGUUUUGUUGUAGAGAGAAUGUGCUUGGAUGGUGGUCUCUUAUUUAGAUCAUUUUUUUACAGAUUAACUAAUUCCAAGAGGGCAGCACAUAAAAGGUACAUGGAUGGGGACUUCUUUGACAUCAACGCGGGUUGAUGCAGUUGUUGGUUUUAUAUCCAAAAGCCAAUUAAUAUUAGGAUUAGAAUUUAUAUUUAUUGCCAACUUGUUUUAGGAACCUAAAGGGUCAACACACAUCUUAUGCUUUUGCACCUUUAUCAUGGAAGAUUUGUGGUUGUCAAAAUGGCAAGACGUGAAACUUUUACUGCUUUACAGAGCUUAUAGUUGCUUGAAACUGAUCAAUGCAACAACUGCUACUGUCUUUAGUUCUAAAUGUGGGGUUUUCGUUUCAUCUUCUCUGGGCCAAGGAAUGAGAUCUCUCAUGAAAGAUUGAUCUCUUUGAAUUCAACUUAUUGUUGAAUCCGCGGUUGGUGACAUCUCUUGGAACUUAGAGAUGGUUAGUGAUAAAACGGAUCUUUUGGCACUUAUAGAAGGUAAUUUCCUGCUCUUCGUAAACCUUAAUCAUCUAUUAUGAUGGAGGUGAUUGUUUCUC